GUCUCUUUUAUCGAAGUAACACUGCUGUUCUGGGAGUCCGAGCUACAAAGUAGGUUUGACAAAUAACGAGCAUGGCAGAACAGGCAUUUGUCACUUUGGCCACAAACGAUAGCUAUGCAAGAGGAGCUAUGGUGCUUGGAAAAUCGCUUAGGAACCACAAGACUUCAAAAAAGCUGGUGGUGCUCAUUGGGCCACAUGUGUCCGAUCAGGCAAGGGCAGUGCUUCAUAAGAUCUUCGAUGAAGUCAGGCUAGUGGAUGUGCUGGACAGUGGGGACACGGCACACUUGGCCAUGAUGAAGAGACCUGAUCUGGGUGUCACUUUCACCAAGCUGCACUGCUGGACUCUCACACACUACUCCAAGUGUGUGUUUAUGGACGCAGACACACUGGUGGUAUCAAACAUAGAUGAGCUGUUUGAAAGAGAGGAGCUGUCUGCGGCUCCAGACCCCGGCUGGCCUGAUUGUUUUAACUCUGGUGUGUUCGUGUUUCGCCCGUCCAACGAAACCUAUGGCAAACUUCUGCAGUAUUGCACAGAGCACGGCAGCUUUGACGGAGGGGACCAAGGCAUUCUGAACGACUUCUUCAGCGACUGGGCAACAGCCGACAUCAACAAACACCUUCCUUUCAUCUAUAACAUGAGCAGCAUAGCCAUCUACACGUACCUUCCUGCGUUUAAACAAUAUGGUGCAAAUGCGAAGGUUGUGCACUUCCUGGGCCAGAUGAAGCCGUGGAGCUACACGUAUAACCCCACGCAGAGGAGAGUGAGAGGAUCGUCUCAGCCCGGCCUCCUGCUGCAGUGGUGGGCUCUGUACAGCGCCGAGGUGCUGCCCAUGCUGAUCCGAGAGUAUGGAGACCAGCCCUUCAACUCCGGCUGUGAGGAGGAUGCUGCGGAGAGCGAGGAGCGUGUUCAGCCGCUCGUGUCCUCAGCGGAGCGCAAGCAGAGGUGGGAGCAGGGCCAGGCCGACUACAUGGGAAUAGACUCUUUUGACAACAUUCAGAAAAAGCUUGACGUUUUCCUGAAAUAAAAAGAACACAGAAGUUUGAGAGGGUAUUCAGCUAUGCAAGACUGUCACACUGUGGCCCGCUAACACGUCACACUCUUUGUCUUCUUCAUUCAAGCAUUUAAUGCUAACUUUACCUUUGAACCUCAUGCAAAACGUGAAGUCUGGCAGUGCAUGGCAAUUUUAAUAGAUAAAGGCAGUUGUGGGCCAGCUUUCUCUAUCACUUGCUCAAAGUUUCCAUGUUUGGAAUGCACUUUCAGUCAUUUUUCUGGACUUAUACUGACACCUAGAGGUGUGGAUUCCCGAACAUACAAUAUGCCAAUGUACAAAUGCUCAAUUUAUAGUGAUAAAUAUAUGUGACCCUGGACCACAAAACCAGUUUUAAGUCGCUGGGGUAUAUUUGUAGCAAU